CUGUGUUAUCUUAUUGACAAUCCAACACACACGAACUGGAAACGACGAGGGGGUUUGAGUUUUUGUUUGUCUAAAAAAGAAGUUUCAAAGUCGAGGGGAACCAUAGCAGCAGUUGGCUCUUCUGGGAUAUGAAUUAUUGGCCCGUGAAAUUCCUGUUUCAUCAGAACAACGACCACAGGAAUGUUAAGCUCACACGAGUUGGCAGCGGUUUAAUCUGGCCAAGACCUUUGCAUGACUCGGCGGCAUUAUUCGAAGUUUUCCAGCCUACGUGAACAGCAACCCAUUGGAAUUGGAACAGCCCCCAUUCAACCCUUUGGAUUGAAUUAUCCAUUAUCCACAGGACGACACUUGCCCUUAAAUCCUCCAACUGCUCCAAGUUUUUUAGCGCCAGAUGGCUACGAUCAGGAAUCGUAACUCGUGUCGUCUGCAGUCUGCUUCCUCGUGACUAAAACAUUUUUCUGAAACUACUUGGGUGUGGAAGUUCCUCGUUGGGUGUGGUAAACUGACGAUUUUCUCGUUAAACAGACUGUUCAUUUUCUGUAAAGGAAAUGAGGCGUAUUGAGGUGAAUGUUGAGUUGCGGAAGUCCCAGAAGGAAGACCACCUAGGUGUUCAUCGACAGCUGUCGAUGAAAAUAAUCGAUGAUAAGCCCCUCAGCCCUCUUCAAAAAAGAAUUCAUGUGGCUGCAGCCAAUAUGAGCAUUGAGGACAUAGUUAAUGGUAUCAAUAGUGGUGAUGAAAAGGAGGAAAUUACUGCCACACACGCACUGCACACACACGCUGCACAUCUAAUCUUCAGCAGGGGACGUAAUCCCCUAAAAGUAAUUGUAUGUAAAUUAAUUGACAUCCUCAUCGAUACCAACGUCAUUCCCAAGCUGGUAGAGUUUCUCAGUCGUGUCAAUAAACCUGAUCUUCAGUAUGCGUCAGCCUGGGCUCUCACCAACAUUGUUACACUCACAUCUGAUCAGACGAAAGCUGUCGUCAGUGCUGGGGCUGUUCCAGUAUUAAUAUCUUUGUUGGGAUCAUCUCAUCAAUUUCUGGCCGAGCAAGCUGUCUGGGCUCUCGGUAACAUCGCCGGAAACGGACCAGAGCUUCGAGAUCACGUCAUCGAGCUAGGCAUUAUUAAUCCUUUGAUCACCUUGAUUAAACCCGAUGCUCCAGAUACAUUAUUGCGUAAAGUCGCUUGUACUUUGCGUCACUUGUGUUUCAACAGUUAUCCUCCACCCAGUGUCCAUGCAGUCCGGCAGAUUCUUCCCGCCCUUGCCCAGCUUAUCCACAAGAACAACAGAGAUAUUCUCGUCGACGCUUGCUGGGCUCUGUCGUACCUCACCGAUGGUGCGAAUGAACGCAUUCAAGAAGUUGUCGACGCCGGAGUCGUCCCUCGUCUCGUCGCUUUGCUGGACAACAAUGAAUUGGCCGUCAUCGCCCCCACUCUGAGUGCUAUCGGAAACAUCGUUGCAGGAAGUGAUAUUCAGACGAAAGCUGUCGUCAGUGCUGGGGCUGUUCCUGUAUUAAUAUCUUUGUUGGGAUCAUCUCAUCAAUUUCUGGCCGACCAAGCUGUCUGGGCUCUCGGUAACAUCGCCGUAGACGGACCAGAGCUUCGAGAUCACGUCAUCGAGCUAGGCAUUAUUAAUCCUUUGAUCACCUUGAUUAAACCCGAUGCUCCAGAUACAUUAUUGCCUAAUGUCGUUUCGACUUUGUCCAACUUGUGUCGUAACAAGAAUCCUCCGCCCAGUGUCCUUGCCGUCCGACAACUUCUUCCCGCCUUGGCCCACCUGAUCCACAACAACGACAAAGAGAUCCUAGUCGACGCUUGCUGGGCUCUGUCGUACCUCACCGAUGGUGCGAAUGAACGCAUUCAAGAAGUUGUCGACGCCGGAGUCGUCCCGCGGCUUGUCGCUUUGCUGGAAAAUAAUGAAGCGGCCGUCAUCAUCCCCACUCUGAGGACUAUCGGAAAUAUCGUUACAGGAAGUGAUGUUCAGACCGAUUCCGUCCUUGCUGCUGGUGCCUGCCCAUUGCUGGCCAAGUUACUCGUUCAUGCUAACAUGAAGAUCGUCAAGUUUGCUGCCUGGACCGUGUCCAACAUUGCUGCCGGAAAUGCCAUCCAGAUUCAGGCUCUCUUCACCAACAACGUUGUUCGUCCGUUGUUGGACGUGCUGGGCAAAGGUGACUUCAAAUGCCAAAAGAAAGCAGCUAGGGCCAUCACCAACAUAACCUUGAAUGGCACUGUCGAGCAGAUCGCUUUGUUGCGCCAAUUUGAUGUCAUUCCUCCGCUGUGCGCUUUGCUAGAGGCCAAGGAAGAUAGCAAGACUAUCUUGAUCGUUUUGGAUGGCUUGGCUAAUAUUUUGGCCGCUGCCGAGAAAAUGGGUGAACUGGAGAAAGUUUCCCUUCACGUCGAAGAUUGUGGUGGCCUGGAUCGCAUCGAAGAUUUGCAGAGCCACGAAAACGAUGAGAUUUAUCGCAAGGCGCAUGCCAUUCUGAAGCAGUACUUCUCAACUGACUGGGAUGAAGAUUCCGAGUUGGCGUUAUCUCGAUCGCAGAGUGCCCAUUGCUAAUUAAACAACCGGCCAUCUCAAAAAGCCCGAAUGAGGUUUAUAAUUCUAAAUUUUGUCAUCCAAAAUUUUUUUUCUGCCUUUACAACGGUAAAUAUGUUCUUCACUUCUUUCCACGCUAUCCUAAUUCCUAACUUGUUUUGGCCUUUUUUAAGAUUUCAAAAUUUAUUUUAAUUUAAAGUUUCCAUUUGCUUUCAUUUCUGUUUAUGCACGACGUCUUCUUUCCUCUUUCUGAAUGCGCGAUAAAAGAGCAAUACAAAACAACUCAAUCAAACAUGGAUCAACUUUGCAUUGGGGUCGUUUGAUGUUGCAAGUUGUUUUGUGUUUCAAA